AUGGCCGCCGAAGCUCAAAUUGCUCUUCAAAUGCAACGCAUCGACACGAUGCGCAAUAUGUCCAACCGCUUGACUGACGCUGUACUCGCUACCCAAGGUGCUGCCGCCAUUGACGCUGAACUCGCUAUCCUGACGGAGUUGUGGAACCGCUUCAAUUCGACUCACGAGAGGCUAUACGAAGACGUACCUGAGAUCAUUACCAACGAAUAUCAUACAGGUAACGCUUAUGAAACCGCUAACGUUGCUUAUACCUCUCUUAGAGUGAGACUCAGCGCUGCUAGACCCGCUCCAGAACCUGCUCAUGAAGUUCAGCCCGCUAAUCACGAUCAGACCGCUUACUUUGGUGGAGUGCAUAAAUCUAACCUGCCACAAAUCAAGCUGCCAACUUUCCAAGGGUCGUAUGACGAGUGGGACUCGUUCAAGGACUUGUUCACGUCUCUCGUCAUUAAUGAAGAUUCGCUAACUGGGUCUCAGAAGAUGCAUUACCUGAAGACGCAGGUAAAAGGUGAGGCCGCUGCACUACUCGCUAAUCUACAGAUCACUGAUGACGCUUUCCAACCCGCUUGGGAAUUACUGAAUACUCGCUACACAAAUCCACGUCGAUUGCUUGACAUGCACAUCGAUGAUUUGUUGGAUCGUCAACCGGUGACUUCACACUCCGCUGCUGAUCUGGAUGCGCUGCUACUCGCUAAUAAAAAAUCGCUGGACGCCAUCGCUGCUUUGGGAAUACCAAUUGGUGAGUUGGACCCAUUUUUAAUUCGCUUGACUGUUCGCUGUUUGCCAUCAGACUUGAGAGUGGAAUGGAUGGCUUCGCUUGGGUUAUCGAAUGAUUUUCCCACCUACCAACAAUUACACGACGUGCUAAAAGCAAAGGUGCGUGCGUGGGAAAAUUCAGAGAUUGGCGCAACCAUAACCUCUACACAACCUAAGAGUGCUAGUGAAAGACCACCAUCACCUAAGAAUUACGCUAAGUCAGCCGCUACAACCAAGCAAGUUAAGUUUGGGAACAGUCGACCCGCUACCUCAUCAACGCCAUCUACAUCUGCUGGUUCCGCUAGCUACGUUGCCUUCACUCCCAGGGAUCGUACGAGUGAACCGGGCAUGUGCCCAAUCUGCAAGGAGAAGCACUUUGUUCUCUUUUGCCCCAGCUACCAGAAGGCGUCGCCACUGAACCGAAGGACGAUUGUUCAGCAUUACCGCUUAUGCUUUAACUGUUUGGGACGCCAUCGCUACGCUGACUGCAGGACUAAGCAGAAGUGCCGCCAUUGUGAUCAGCCACAUCACACGUCGACUCAUCUUGACGAUGGUGCUGCCGCUAAACCAGCACAGGACGCUCCUGUAGCUGACCCAGCUCAUUCGCUCAAUGUUUUACUCGCUACCGCUAUUGUUAAGUUGAAUUCGCUAACAGGAAGUACAUGUACAGCCCGUGUACUUAUUGAUCAAGGAUCGGAGUUAUCCUUUGUGACGCAUUCGCUAAUCAAGAAGCUGGAUAUUCAACUCAGUAAAGCAGCUGUACCAUUACGUGGAAUUGGUAAUGUGUCAGCUGGGCAUUCGCUUGGGUCAUGCAAGAUGACGCUGCAUUCGCUACACAACAACGCUUCUAUUACCAUCCAAGCUCAUGUGCUUGCUCUAUUGACGGUAAACUUACCGUCAUUUACGCUAACUAAGAAGAAGAAAUGGCCGCAUAUAACUGGGCUACAACUCGCUGAUCCAGACUUCUUGACAUCAAGACCUAUUGACAUCAUUCUGGGUGCAGCACCAGCUGCACAUAUAAUCAACGCUAAAAUACGAAAAGGAAGUGAAAAUGACCCAAUCGCUCAGUCAACAUCACUUGGUUGGAUCAUAUAUGGAUCUGUGGACACCGCUACAUCAAAAUUGACCGCUCAUGGUCAUCAUGUCGCUGUUGAUGAUCAACUACAAGACUUGUUAACCAAGUUUUGGUACCAAGAAGAGCCACAGACAGAAUUCGCUACACGCUAUACUGAAGAAGAAGAAGAGUGUGAACAACACUUUGUCAAUACACACUACAGACAGUCUGAUGGUCGAUAUGUCGUUCGCUUGCCGCUUAAAUCUUCGCCAAGUCAACUGGGUGAUUCGCUCAGAGCUGCACAAUACGCUUUACUACGUCUUCGCAAACGACUGGAAGCUGAUCCAGUCUACAAGAAGUUGUACUUCGACUUCCUGAAGGAGUAUGAAGACUUGGGGCACAUGAAACGUCUGAAAUUAAAGGAAUUACCACCGAACAGCUACCUGUUGCCUCAUCAUGGGGUUCUGAAAGAGCAGAGCACUACCACCAAGCUCAGAGUGGUAUUCAAUGGGUCCUGGAAAACUACAUCUGGCGUAUCUGUCAACGAGAUACUUCAUGUGGGCCCAAAGAUCCAAGUUGACAUCAGUGAUGUACUUAUUCGCAUUCGGUGCCAUCGCUAUUUAUUCGCUACUGACGUUACAAAAAUGUUUCGUCAGAUUGCAGUUGACAAGGAAGAUCAUCAUCUACAGUGCAUACUCUGGUUUGACGAAGAUGACAUCCCAAUAGUAUUUGCACUCGCUACUGUUACUUAUGGAACAACAUCGGCUCCAUAUCUCGCUGGAAGAGCACUCUUACAACUCGCUGAAGACGAAGGGAAAAAAUUUCCGAAGGCUGUCGAACCGCUAACUAAUACACGCUACGUUGACGACAUCUAUGGAGGUGCAGAUGAACUCGCUGAGGCAAUCCAAGUUGCUCUCGACACAAAAAAUAUGUGCGCCACAGGAUGUUUUCCGCUUGCCAAGUGGGCAAGUAAUUCAACUGAAUUACUUUCUCAAGUCGCUCCAAGUGAAACCCAAGAAGAUACACCAAGAGAGCUUGGGGAUACUACAGUAAAAGUGCUCGGGCUAACCUGGAAUUCAACACAGGAUAAAUUCCAGUUCGGAUAUUCGCUUCCAGAAGCAUCACCAACAACUAAACGCACAAUUUUAUCUGAAAUUGCUCGCUUGUUUGACCCACUGGGUUUCUUGGCACCGAUUAUCGUGAGAGCCAAGAUGUUCAUGCAGAAGCUCUGGCUGCAGAACUUUGACUGGGAUGCUACGCUAUCACCGUCGCUUCUUCAAGAAUGGAAUUUGUUUCGAGAUGAACUACAUCAGAUCUCGAAGAUUCAGAUACCUCGCUGGAAUCAUGUUAAAAAUGGUGUAUCAAUUGAAUUACAUGGAUUCUCUGACGCUUCACAACUCGCUAUGGCUGCUGUAGUUUAUCUAAAAGUUACUGACGCUACUGGAAGCUCCAAUAUCUCGCUAGUGUGUGCCAAAACACAAGUUGCACCACUGAAGCCUAUAACUAUACCAAGAAUGGAGCUCAAUGCCGCUGUCUUACUCGCUCAACUGAUACUCUACGUCAAGAAGGUUUUGAAACUUGAAAACGUUCCAGUUUUCAUGUGGACAGACUCCGCUGUAUCCUUAACGUGGAUACGAAACAACCCAGCUAGAUGGAAAGUCUACAUUCGCAACAGAGUUACCAAGAUUCAAGAAUCGCUACCAAGUGUCAACUGGGAUUUUGUUCCUGGAAAACUUAACCCAGCUGACUGCGCUUCAAGAGGUUUAACAGCAGCCAAACUAGAACAGCAUUCGCUAUGGUGGACGGGACCAAAGUGGCUCAGUCAAUCAAAAGAUAACUGGCCAUCUUUUGAUAUCCCUACGCAGACGGUAUCACAUCUUGAAGAACGUCCAGGUCUGGUUUUUACCAUCUUCAAGGCAGAUUCACACCCGCUAUACACGCUACUAGAAAAAUUCUCUAAGUUGUCACCUUUACUUCGCAUGCUUGGAAUCUGUCUUCGUGCCAUCGCUAAAUUUAAAAAAAAAUAA